AUGGUUUGGGCAAUCCAGGCUGCAGCCCUUUCCAGCCUCGUGCUUGCUGUCGUUGCACAUCCACAUGCGAGAAGUUCGGAGCAUCAAUUACAUGCUCGUCAACUGACCUCGACAAUCGACCGCUUUCGUCCUCGGCAACGAGCUACAUACGUUGCAGAGUCCAGAGAUGUCUCUACUCUUUCCGUCUCUACUUCUUCUGGCGACUACGUUCAAGUGGCCGAGACACAUUUGAGGAGGAUACAUCCGGAAGCUGAGUUUCGUCGUGCUAGUGACAACUAUGUGUCCGGCAAUGGUAUUGGACGUGUCUACUUCAAGCAGACUCUUUUUGGAUUUGACAUGGAUGACGCCGACUUUAACGUGAACGUCAAACCCGAUGGCAGUAUCUUCUCAUACGGAGACUCGUUGUACACUGGACCAUUGCCAGAUGCUGCACCAGCUGCUGCUGCGUUGAUCAAUCCAGAGCCAGCUCUUGAGACUGUUGCCGACGUCUUGGCUCUCCCGAUCACUCCUUCGGAAGGCGAUUAUGUCGAAGAGAGUCAAACCUCGUUCACGGUUCAAGGUCUUUCAAACGUUGUGGCCCCGCCUGCUGGCCAGUUGGUCUACUAUCGUACACCCGAGGGAUCGCUCGCUCCUGCAUGGCGGAUUGAGACCGACCUUGACGAUCAUUGGCUCACCACAUACCUUCAGGCAGAGGGAGGUAGUGAGGUCUUGGCCGUGACUGACUACAUUGCCGACAACAGCUACGAAGUCUUUCAGUGGCCAACCAACGAUCCCCUGAACAAUCGCCGAAGGAAUGAUGUCCUUCCUCGCGACCGCGAAGCGAGCCCUCUUGGCUGGCAUCGCGAUGAGAGCCAACGAUACUUCGAGACUCGAGGUAACAAUGCCAUCGCACAGCCAAAUACAGAUGGCGAUGCCGAGUUCCUCAGCGAACCAAGGCCAGAAAGCCGCCUCCUGAUCUUCCGCGCUCCAUUCAACCAAGCUUGGGAACCAAAGCAAUACAUUGAAGCCUCCACAAUCCAGCUCUUCUACACAUCGAACAAGUUCCGCGACAUCCUCUACGUUCUCGGCUUCAAUGAGGCCGCCGGCAACUUCCAGACCUCCAACUUUGGCCGUGGGGGUGUCGGAAACGACAGCGUCCAACUCAACACCCAGGAUGGCUCAGGCCUGAAUAACGCCAACUUUGCCACACCACCUGACGGUCAGAUGGGUCGGAUGCGGAUGUACGUCUUCAACUCCACUGUCCCAAACCGUGACAGCUCUUUCGAAGCCGGCAUCGUCGUUCACGAAUACACCCAUGGCUUGACCAACCGCAUGACUGGUGGCCCUGCCAAUUCCCGCUGCCUCAAUGUCCUGGAAUCGGGGGGCAUGGGGGAAGGGUGGUCCGACUUCUACGCCACCGCGCUGCGCAUCACCGGCCGCGAUACUCGCACCGUCGACUAUCCCAUCGGAGACUACGCCACAGGUCGUCCAGGCGUGGGCAUCCGCGCAUUCGUCUACAGCACCAACAUGCAAACCAACCCAUACACAUACUCUAGCCUGAACGGCCUGACUCGGGUCCACCAGUACGGCACGGUAUGGUGUACGAUGCUGUACGAGAUGCUGUGGAACCUCAUCGACGCCCAUGGCAACACGGACCGAAUCGAGCCUUCGCUGGAUCGGAAUGGCAUCCCACGAGAUGGAAGGUACUUGGGUAUGAAAAUCGUGUUGGAUGCGCUGGCGUUGCAGCCUUGCAAUCCGACUUUCGUCCAGGCGAGAAAUGCUAUCGUGGAUGCGGAUACGGCGUUGACCGGGGGCGAGAAUCGGUGUAACAUUUGGAAGGCGUUUGCGAAGAGGGGGUUGGGGGAGAAUGCGGCGAAUGUGGGUGGGGUGUAUACCGAUGAUUUCACGGUCCCGGCGGGAGUCUGUUGA